AUGGAGGAAGAGCUAAACAGCACCAUCGAUCCUGCUUGUUUACAAGAGCCCCCGCUGGCUAUUGAUGUGAUAAAGCAGAUGGAUGCGUUUGGAUUUUGCCUUUACUCCAUGCUCAGCCUGAUGUCCUGUGUGUCUCUGGUGCUGUAUCUGGAGCAGUGUGUCUUCAUUUAUAAACACCUGCCCUACCCCAAGAAGGCCACCAUUAUGUGGGUGAAUGGUGCAGCACCAUGCAUUGCUACCAUGGCUUGUUUUGGGAUGUGGAUCCCGAAGGCAGUCAUGAUCACAGACAUGACGUCUAACUGUUAUUUUGCAGUGGUGGUGUACAAGGUGUUGGUUCUGCUGAUCGAGGAGUUGGGGGGAACUCAUAAGUUUCUGGAGCGGUUUUCUGGUAAAACAGUGAAGAUCAGCACGGGACCCUGCUGCUGCUGUUGUGUUUGUUUACCCCGAGUGCCUAUGACACGGCGACUGCUGUUCUGGCUGAAGUUGGGCGCUCUUCAGUAUGCCAUCUUAAAGACAGUGCUCUCAGUCCUCUCUGUAGUCUUGUGGACUAAUGGCAACUUUGAUCUCUCUGAUCUAGAGAUCAACAGUACAGCCAUUUGGAUUAAUCCAUUCAUCGGCGUUCUCACCAUCAUCUCCCUCUGGCCUGUUGCUAUCACCUUCAUGAACUCCAACAUCUUUUUACGCAGCCUCAAUAUUGUACCCAAGUAUGCCAUGUACCAAUUAGUACUUGUAUUGAGUCAGCUGCAGACAUCAAUCAUUAACAUCCUCGCUUUGGAUGGAACCAUAGCCUGUGCUCCUCCUUUCUCCUCGCAGGCUCGUGGCUCAUUGCUGAGUCAGCAGAUGAUGAUCAUGGAGAUGUUCAUCAUCACCUUAGUCUGUCGAUUUUUCUACCGUCGUACGUAUGACCAACUUCCUCCUGAGAUGAAGGACAACGAUGUAAACGCUCAAGUUGCCCUGCGGGCUGAUCUGGUGGAGCAUGAUGUCUAAAAAAACACAGGCUGUGAAAGAGCUGAAGUCCUCACUGCUCUUUAAAGAUGUAUCAGCUCAUUGUAGCUGAAAGAUCACCAAAUAGCUGAAGUCAUAAUUUUAAAUUUUUUAAACAUCUUACCUCAUUCACACUAGAGUUGGAAGGGAAAACAUCUCCACUUGGUUUACUUUCAACCCUCCUUUUUGAAUUUUUACCUCCCACUAAGCUCUCACUACAAUGUAUUUAUAUCAGGUCACAGAAGUUAGAGGGUUGGUACACCAAAUUUGCCCCCAAAAUAUCCCCAUUAAAUUUUACUGGGUGUCAGGGUCAUCUCGAGCAGCAUUUAUUGUGGAACAGAGAUGUUUAAUUUCUGACAUAUUUGAUCUUUAUUUUUGCAUAGAGCAAAUUAAAUAUGAUAUGCUUACAUUGUCUUGAAGUGAAUGCAUGACACUCAGGGUUUAAUAGUUUAAAACUUGAGCAAAUGAAUAAAUAAAUACAACUUUCAAAAUGGAUUGGAGAUAAAGUCCAGAGAGGAAUUUAUUCUCUCUCUUGUGAUGUUGGAGAGUCUUUGAAGAAACAGUGUGACAUUGUACGACGUACAGUCUGCUUGUUGUGUUUCUUACAGAGAGAAAGUAAGAACAUUGAUACCACUCAUGCUUGUACAGUCUCCCUGUCUGGAGAUAUAAAUAUGACUAACCUUUUUCACCUUAAAACUCACUAACAAACACAUGAUCUUCCAAGGGAACAUCAUAAGUGAACUUCAUAUAGUCCUACAUUUUCUGUAGGACUCACUAAAUGUCAUGAAUUCUUUUGCCUGUCAGAGUCCCUGUGGUGAGAGCUUUUUAGACUCUGAUCCGGACUACAGUCCUGAGCAAAGCCCCUCAUCGGGUCAG